UACACAGAGCUUUGGAAAACUUGGAACGAGUAAAUCAACCUAGAAAUCUCCCUCUGGUUCUGUUACGGAUGAAAAACUGUCCUCCUGUCCGUCACAAUAUUUGUGCAGAAAAGAUAAAUUCAGUUUUCCCUUUUUACCAAUUUCAUGAAAUUGAAACGAAAUUCGAGAUAAUCAAUCAAGUUGAUCAUCAAUUUCAAUCAAAUAUUACCAAACAAACAAAAUUCAAAGUUGUUCAAAAUCUCCAGCUGGUCGAUCGGAUUCACAGUUAGCAGAUUGAUUUUUUCUGAGAAAACGGAGCACCCGUUUACAAGCUUUGUUAACUUCAAAUUUGCCGAGUUGAUUCAAAAUUUUCGAAUAUCAGGCUAGCCCGAAAAGUCGCGGCUCUUGCUUCGAAAUCUCUCUUCUCACUCUGCAAGGUCCAUCUCUUCGUCGGCCCCCCACUGCUGCAGCAGUCAUCUAGUACCAUGAAAGAUGAUAUCUCAUCAGACAAAGGAGUAAGUUUUCCUGUCGAUCCAAAUGUUCCUAGAUGGCAGUGUCAAAACUGUCGUCACGCACUUUGUAUUAUCGGUGUUGAUUCUUACUUAAAUGAAUCCGCUUCUCGUGCUGGAAUGCAGGGCUCUUCUGUUCAUGGAGGAGCAGGCAGCGUUAUGGCUUCAACUAAAAUGGAUCAUUCCUUUGUUGUUUUGUCGAAGCAAAAGAAUUCAUCACAAGGUGGUGUGCCUCCCCGGCCUCGUGGCGGACCAGGAGAUACCCGCGCGAGUGGGAAAGCAAUGGAAGAUUCCUUUGUUGUGUUGCCACCAGCUGCUGCGUCCAUGUACAAUAGUGAAUCUGGUUCAGAGGGAGGAGCUCAUUUACCGUUAUCUGGAGGAAUUCCUGGUAACCAUUUGCAUCCAAACAAUUCUGAUUUUCACUCGGGUAUAACUGUUUUGAAACGUGCAUUUGAUAUCGUCACCACCCAGACUCAGGUUGAACAACCUUUAUGUUUGGAAUGUAUGCGGGUAUUGUCUGAUAAACUUGAUAAAGAGGUUGAUGAUGUGAACAAGGACAUUAAAGCGUAUGAAGCUUGUCUUCAGCGUCUUGAAGGAGAGACACGUGAUGUUAUGAGCGAGGCUGAUUUUUUUUGCGAAAAGUUAAAGAUUGAGGAAGAAGAACGAAGACUUAAAGCAGCAAUUGAGGAAACUGAGAAACAGUGCAUAGAAGUUGAUGCUGAAUUGAAGGAUUUGGAAGCAAAAUCUAACAAGUUUAAAGACCAAGAGGAACGGUACUGGCACGAGUUCAAUAAUUUCCAGUUUCAGUUAACUAAACAUCAGGAAGAAAGAGACUUGAUAUCGACAAAGAUUGAAGUUUCACAAGCACAUUUAGAAUCUUUGAAGCGAACCAAUGUUCUCAAUGAUGCCUUUCCAAUAUCGCAUGAUGGAGAAUUUGGAACUAUAAACAAUUUUCGACUUGGCCGUCUUCCGAAGAUCCCGGUUGAGUGGGAUGAGCUAAAUGCUGCCUGGGGACAGGCAUGUCUUCUCCUUCACACAAUGGCUCAGUACUUCAGGCCAAAAUUUCCGUACCGAACCAAAAUUAUUCCCAUGGGAAGCUACCCUCGAAUUAUGGAUAGCAGCAACAACACAUACGAGCUAUUUGGUCCUGUGAACUUAUUUUGGAGCACUCGCUAUGACAAGGCAAUGACUCUGUUCUUAACAUGCCUUAAGGAGUUUGCUGAGUUCUCAAAUUCUAAGGAUCAAGAAAACAACAUUCCACCAGAAAAGUGCUUCAAGCUGCCUUACAAGAUUGAGAAUGAUAAAGUGGAAACCCACUCUAUCACACAGAGCUUUAACAAGCAGGAGAACUGGACCAAGGCUCUUAAAUACACGCUCUGCAACCUAAAAUGGGCUUUAUUCUGGUUCGUUGGGAACAGAAAUUUUCAACCUCUUUCUUCAAUGGUAUCAUCUGCCUCUGAAGUUCCAGUAGUUGGCUCUUUGUAUUCAAAAAGGAUGACUGGUACUUAGUCUGAAUCUAGAUAGGAUUCGGUGAUGAAGAUAAAGCGUCUUGUAAAUAUCGAUUGUGUUAAAAAGUUAAUUAUUGCUAUUCACAAAAGACGUACAUAAGCUCUUGUUCUCGUUGCUCAUUAAAAUCGUAAGACUUUUUAUUCAUACUGAAGUCGAAGAUCUUCCCGUUGGGAAAAAGAUGGUUUAGUCCAUAAGAGGUAUAAUAUGGACUCUAACCAAUUCAACCGGGUACAAAUUAGUUAUUUAGUU